UCCUCCUCCAUGCCUAAUACCAUGGGCUGCUUCUCCUGAACUGUUGGUGAAACAGUCUCUGGUUUUUGCGCAUUCCCAUUUUCUAUGAGGCGCACGUAAUCCCCACGCCGUUCUUAUAUUAGUCCAGAAGCUUUAUUGCUCCACCUACACCAUCCAAACUCGUAGACCCAGAACUCAAAGUUCGAUCCUUUUCUCCAUCCAAGUCAACCUAGUACUCUUGACUCCCAGACCCAGAAUUCAAAAUUCAAUCUUUCCUUCAUUUAAGUCAAUCCAGUACUUGUGCAAAGCAGACAAAUCAAGUUACCAUGAGCUUCACUAGCAGAGUAUGGAUUGUUGCCGCGACCAUUGGGGCCGUGGAGGCAUUGAAGGACCAGGGGUUUUGCAGGGGGAACCACGCCCUCAGAUCGCUCCACCAACACGCCAAGAGCAACGUGGGGUCCUGUUCUCAGGCCAGCAGAGUGUCCUCGUGCUCGGCUGCUUCUGCUGUUUCUGAGAAAAUCAGAGAAGGCAAAGUGAAGCAACGCGAAGAGUCUUUGAGGAAAGUCAUGUACUUGAGCUGCUGGGGACCUUAUUGAUCGUUGACCUCCCCCAUCCUUUGUUUUCUUCCUUCGCUGCUAGAUUCUGCUGGAGUCCAUUGUAAUUAUAACCGCCGAAAUGAAAUUGAGCAGUUUAUGCGUAUUUUUUGUUCA